AAGAAGCUAACUCCAUAGUUCAUCGCUCUUAUACCCAUUCUGCUCUGUUUGGUUAUAGAAAAAAUUGAUUAGAAACGAAGAGGGGAAAGAGAUGUUGCAGUGUAUAUUUCUCCUUUCAGAUUCUGGAGAAGUCAUGCUAGAGAAACAGCUAACUGGGCAUCGGGUGGACAGAUCAAUAUGUGAUUGGUUCUGGGAUAAUGCUGUUUCUCAUGGUGAAUCCUUUAAGUCACAGCCAGUGAUUGCUUCACCAACGCAUUACCUAUUCCAAGUUGUAAGAGAGGGAAUUACCUUUUUGGCUUGCACCCAAGUUGAAAUGCCACCAUUGAUGGGCAUUGAGUUCCUCUGCAGAGUAGCUGAUGUCCUCUCAGAUUACCUUGGUGGGUUGAAUGAAGAUUUGGUGAAGGAUAACUUUGUGAUUGUCUAUGAGCUUCUCGAUGAGAUGAUAGACAAUGGCUUUCCUCUCACUACAGAACCAAAUAUUCUGAGGGAGAUGAUAGCCCCACCAAAUAUAGUUAGUAAAGUUCUGAGUGUCGUGACUGGUAACAUCUCCAAUGUCAGCGAGACCCUGCCUGGUGCAACUGCUUCUUGUGUUCCAUGGAGAGCAGCAGAUACCAAAUAUGCUAACAAUGAAGUUUAUGUCGAUCUUGUUGAAGAAAUGGAUGCAAUUAUACGCAGGGAUGGCGUGUUGGUGAAGUGCGAAAUUUAUGGUGAGGUUCAAGUAAACUCCCAUAUAUCAGGUCUUCCUGAUUUGAGUCUUUCAUUUGUAAACUCAUCUAUUCUAGAUGAUGUGAGGUUCCAUCCCUGUGUUCGAUUUCGACCUUGGGAAUCUCAUCAGAUUCUCUCGUUUGUGCCUCCUGAUGGACAGUUUAAGCUCAUGAGUUACAGAGUUAAAAAGUUGAAGAGUACCCCUAUAUAUGUAAAGCCACAGCUAACAUCAGAUGCUGGAAAAUGCCAUGUCAACGUGCUAGUUGGAAUAAGAAAUGAUCCUGGAAAGACAAUUGAUUCAAUAACUGUGCAAUUUCAACUGCCUCCUUGCAUUUUAUCAGCUGAUUUGAAUUCAAAUCAUGGAACUGUAACCAUACUUAGUAAUAAGACAUGUUCUUGGUCAAUUGGAAGGAUUCCAAAAGAUAAAGCUCCUUCAUUGUCAGGAACAUUAGUGCUUGAGACAGGACUAGAGCGCCUUCAUGUGUUCCCAACAUUUCAAGUGGGUUUUAGAAUAAUGGGUGUUGCCCUCUCUGGCCUGCAAAUAGAUAAAUUGGAACUGAAGACCAUGCCAAGUCGUCUCUACAAAGGUUUUCGAGCUCUUACACGAGCUGGUGAAUUUGAAGUUAGGUCAUAAUUUAGUGUUUGAUUUAAUAUGAAUUCUGGUUGUAGUUCUGGGUGUUUUUUGACUGCAAUUUCACUGAUACAACUCUGCGGCAAGAUUUUUAAUUUUGUAAUCUGUGAGUGUAAUGAUUUAACUUGAAGAGAAAUGUACACAUACAAUCAAUCUUCUCUCUUUCUCUUGUAUGCAAAUGUAAGAUGAAUAUACUGAUUAGGAAUUC